UUUCACACGCACCGUAGGAUCAUAUCGGACAUGUUAUAUAAGUAACGAAACCGAUCUCUUAGCAUUACGCAAAAAUCCUAAUAGAGAUAACGCAGCAUGGCGGCAACUGUGAGCGCUUGGGGAAAGCCGGGAGCUUGGGCCUUGGAUUCUGAGGAGAAUGAAUCCCAGCUUAACGACGACACCCAAUCUAAAGGUAGCGAUGGCGGCGGCGUCGCGGCGGCGCUUUCCGAUUUCCCUUCACUGGCUACCGCCGCCGCCGCCAAGACCAAGAAGAAGAAGCCGCAAACCUUGUCUUUGCAGGAGUUUUCCACUUACAGCUCUGCUAAGCAGGUUCAAUCCGUAGGGCUCACACCUGAUGAGAUGAUUUCUCUUCCCACUGGCCCUCGCGAACGAACUGCUGAGGAGCUCGACCGCUCUAGGCUCGGCGGUGGGUUUAAAUCGUACGGUUCUUCAUACGACAGGCCGGGUCGGGGCUCCUCGGACGAGCCUCGCCGGCGAGGCGGGUUCGGUAGGGACGACAGUCGUGAAUUUACGCCUUCUCGCGCUGACGAGACCGAUGAUUGGGGAGCUUCCAAGAAAUUUACGCCCGGAAACGGUUUUGAGAGAAGGGAAAGAGGGGAGAGGGUAGGGUUUUUCUCUGAUUCGAAUUCCCGCGCUGACGGGUCGGAUAAUUGGGCGGCGAAUAAAUCUUUCGUCCCGUCCGAGGGCCGGAGGGUUGAGAGGAGAGGCGGGUUUGAAUCAAACGGCGGCGGUGCUGAUUCGGAUAAUUGGACAAAGAGGAAGGAAGAUGAAGGGCGGAAAUUGGGUGCAUUUGAUGGUUUAAGAGAGAAGAGAGGUAGUCGUGAGUCAAUGAAUAAUGUUUCAGAACCGGAGACUUGGGGGAGAAAGAGAGAUGACAGCAAUGGCAGACCUAAGCUAAAUUUGCAGCCAAGGACAAUUCCCAUAGGUGAAGGGCAGCAGAACGACAAUGGAACCACAGGGAAGCCCAAGGCGGCGAACCCAUUCGGGGAAGCUAGGCCGAGAGAAGAGGUUCUGAAGGAGAAGGGGCAAGACUGGAAGGAGAUUGAUCAAAAGCUCGAGUCUUUAAAGAUAAAGGAGGCUGGAAAGAAGAGUUCUGGGAGCAGUAAAGAAGGAGCUUCUCCUGAGAAGAGGACAGAAAGGAGUUGGAGGAGGUUUGAUAUGAAUGAUGAUGCUCAUUCCAGAUCUGAGAGCACUGUAAAUGGAUCUUCGGAGGAAGCUGGAGCUGGAGAAUGCAAAAGUUACGCUGGAGCUGGAGAAUGCAAAAGUUACGCUGAAGCUUGUCAACAAGAGAACUAGUGCUGCAGAAAGGGUUUUGAGAUGCUAGGCUACAAGACAUUAAACUUCUAUUUUUGUUAAUAAUAAUCUGUAAGCUUGUUUAACUUCUUCCAUUGUGUAGUGAAAAAGUGAAGCCCAAUUUUGGUAGACCUACAAAAUUAGAACCUUUAUCUGAUGACUCUGCUUACGUUCUAGUGAAUGUGGAGUCGAUACAAUACGAUUAUUUGUUAUUACAAGAACAAUAAUAAAAUUGUCAUUAGAUUGGUGUCA